UUCAAGAUGUCUGAUCUGAGGCUCUUGCUCCUGGUCAGCCUGUUCUCUCUGCCCCUGUCUGCGUUUCUAGGCAAGAAAAUCCACAAAGUCUAUCCAAAAAAAUGCUCUGAUUAUCGCUUUCGAGGAGAAUCUUUUCCCUCUGACGGCAGGAAACGAACCUUAUUCACCAUCCUUCCCACUGAGAACACGAACGACACCUUAUACGUCAACGCGAAUGGAACCUUCAAAGUAAUUCUGACGUAUGGAAAAAAAAUUAGGUCCGCCAACCUCACGACGCAACUCCGGAUCGACUUGUGGAAGGGCGGCGUCAAAUUCAAAGCUUGUAGAAAAAAGAAAUGCAAAACCCAGGAACCACAUUAUGUAAUACAGUCGAACAGCACUUUGGUGUUGUCUUUUGACUGUCCCAGUGAUUCCCAAAGUGAGUUGGAUUUAUUUUAUCUUUGCAUGCUCUAUUUGCAGCUCCUGUAUUCAGUUAUUGCUUUUUUUUAUUAUUAAUUUAGUUUUUUAAAUUUAGUUUUUAUCCCAUUUGUUGCAAUAGAUAUUUUUGGUUUGGCUUGUUCUAUUUUGCUUCUAAAUUACCCCCUGUGCACAAGAAAUGGCCGUGGUUACCCUCCGCUUUUAUCCUUUGUUUGUUUAUCCUCUAUACACACUUCACGCCUUUGAGACAUUUGCAGCGCCGUGGCAUCCAAAUUAGGGGCAUGGCCAGGCCACCGCUUCCCCGUCUCAUGGGAGUGGCACUCGUCCUCCUCGAGCAUGGCGUGGUGACCUGGAGGCCCGGGGAGCAAAGCAGCUCGUCAAAGGGGAAGUUGUGGGUGAUUAUUAGAGACAAGUCUACAUAAGACAAGUCAGAAGACUACGUUCUCAUAACAUCAUUGUUCGGGGUGUCUGCGGAUAGGUUUAUCCUGCAUUAGGGUCGCUUUCACACCAAGGUGGCACGUCACCCGUGGCAUGCCAUUUGAAAAUGAACACGAAAAUAGAUGUGAAGUACGUCGCAUUUGCCACGAGCAACCGGCGUCUGUUAUUUUUCAGCAUGCGAUCAAUCACCUCGGACAUGUCAGAUACUAAUGAAACUUUUACAGUCAUAGUUAAGAUAAUAUAAAAACGUUAAGAUCAAACAACAUAAUAUAAAAGGAAAUUGUUGGGUGUAUAACAUACAUAGAGUAAAUUCGAAAUUUCCUGCAAAAACAUUUGACACAUUGCUUCGGUUACCCAGUGAGAGAGGCUUUGGAUGAGAGGGUAACCGCGCGCAGUCUUGCAGGAGAAUACAGUCUCGUGCACAGUCAGGCCUCUUUCAGAUGAUGAGCCAAUCAACGCAUUUGGACAAACUGUGAGGAAAUACAAAUGUUUGUAUCAUGAAACAUCUACUCAGUUCUGUGACAAUACUCUCCGUGGUGGAAUUAUCCAAACAUUUUGUUUGAGAGAAAAAAGUCCGUAAAAGCUUUUUCAGGGAAUAGUUCAAUGCUUUGUUUCGAAUUUUGCAUCAGUGAUCUCAUUCUCCAACAAAUAUGUUGCUGCUUCUGCUACCCAACACUUAUGUGUAGUAGUUACACCUUAGGGGUCACUCCGCCUACACCCUGGACAGAGAGAGAAGGGGAUAUGGAACAAGUGCCACACAUUCUGCCCCAAAGUCCUCCACCAAGUGACAGAUAAAUAUAUAUAUCUUGUGAACCGAGUGAAAGCGGUCUGACACGCGCCACGUGCAACCUAGGUCUGGAAUCACGUUUCAGUUGACACCACCUGCUGUUUGCCACUUCAGAACAAAGUCAAGCCGCUUUCAUACCAAGGUGGUACUUUGCACGCAGCAAGUGGUAAAUGACACGUGACAUGGUGCUUUCAGACCAAUGUUACAUGUGGCGCAUGUUACUCGGUGCACAAAAUGCCGUCAUCCGGCAGAAUGUGAGCUUAACUUGUUCCAAUACCCUGAAAAUACUUCCAAGGAUUUUAUUCACAAACAAAACAUUUUGAUAAUUCUUCCAUGGGGAGUAUUGUUAUUGUACUGAGGUAACGUUGUAUCUCUAAAACAUUUGUAUUUUCCCACAGUUAGUACAAAUGUUAUGUUGAUUGGUUCAUUGUCGAGAAAAAGCAUAAUCGUGCACCAAAGCAGGUACAUAUCGCACGUGCCAGGGAGGAGAGGCUCACCCCCUGACCAGAAUCCGUCCGGGGAAACUAUCCUGCACCGUUCGAGGCUGGGGUCACCGCCUACUCUUCUCCUGGCCUACUUCUACGCCCUGGCUGUUGCUCUCUAAGGCCAACUAUCCACAGCUCCUUUACGCUGAAUGCACCAUCUGCUUCUCGCGACCCCUUGCUCCUUUCUACUGCUGGACCGCGAAAUGUCGCCUGGUUGCUCCACCUUCUUUCCUGCCGAAAACGUGCGUCGCCGCCGCUGCUUCGCUCCCCUUUUGCGAGAGUCAACUGGCUCGAGAUGUCUUUCGAGCCUCUUGGUCACUUGUCUUUGGUUCUGGGCUGCUCACUCGAGUCCCCUCGCCGGUGACGGUGAACCCCGAGGGCAGUGCCAGGGGGAUCCUUGGAAGGAUUGCUCCAGACUAGUGAGAAGGGUUAACUGGUAUGUAUAUAUAUAUUUGUGUGUGUGCAUAUAAGUAUGUAUAUAUAUGUAAAUAUAUGUAAAUUUAGGUAUAUAUAUACGUACAUAUACAUAAAUAUUUAUACAUAUAUAUAUGCAUAUAUAUGUGUGCGUGUGCGUAUGCAUUAUAUAUAUAGUAUAUAUAUACAUAUAUAUGUAUAUGUAUAUUAUAUAUACACAUAUAUGUAGUGUGUAUAUAUAUAGUAUGUAUAUGUAUAUAAAUAAAGUAUAUAUAUAUUUGAGUAUGUGUGUG